AUGUUCAAAAUGACAGAUGGAUCUGUGGAUGAUGAAGACUAUUUGGAAGAUGCACUCAACGAAUUCCUUAAUUACCCUAGAGAAGUACAGGAAGCUAUAGAACAGGUGGUACCCAGCAAUGACCCCUUAGAUCAACCAGAUUUUAAUCCAGUAGAUUAUAUUAAUUCACUUUUUCCAACAGAACAGUCCCUUUCCAAUUUAGAUGAUGUUGUCAAUAAAAUGGAAAACCAGAUCAGAAUGAUUGAUGAAGAUAUACGUUCUGUUGUAAGAGGACAAACUAAUGUCGGACAAGAUGGAAGAGCUGCCUUAAAGGAGGCUCAAAUGGUUAUUAGACAUCUGUUUACUCAAAUAACAGAAAUUAAGUGUAAAGCAGAACAGUCAGAAGAAACAGUCCGGGAGAUUACAAGAGACAUAAAACAACUGGACUGUGCCAAAAGGAAUCUAACAGCAGCAAUCACGACUCUCAAUCAUCUACAUAUGCUAGUUGGUGGAGUUGAAACUUUGAAGACUUUGACAGCAAAAAGACAGUAUGGAGAGAUUGUAAUGCCGCUUCAAGCAAUAGUUGAAGUCAUGAAGCACUUUGAAAAUUAUACAGAUAUACCUCAAAUAAAGCAGCUGGCAGAUCAAGUAAAAGAAAUUCAAGCUUCCUUAGCAAGUCAGAUAACAUCUGAUUUUCAUGAUGCAUUCACUGGACCAAAUAGUAAAACAUUUGUUCCUAACAGACAAUUAGCAGAAGCUUGCUUAGUGAUUUCUAUCCUUGAUCCAAAGGAUUUGGAAAUGGCCUGUGAACCUGCUCUUACGGCCAUGACUAAAACACAGUGGCAAAGCGUGGAAACAGUUGGUGACCAAAGUCCUUAUAUAACUAGAGAUGCUCCUCCUAGCUUCACGAAAGUAGUUAUAAAAGGUAUGACCCGUGCUGAAAUGAUAUUGAAGGUCGUUAUGAAUCAUACUGAACCUGAUACUGCCUUUAUCGAUCAAUUUCUAAAACUUCUACCUGAAUCAGACAUUCAAGAAUUUCAAAAAGUUUUGGAUAUGAAAGGAUUGAAGACAGCUGAUAAAAGCCAUCUGGUUAAUAUGUUUAGACAACGACAACCAGCCUCUGCCAAUGUCCAGCCUGUUCUCGUCAGCCCUAAACAUGAUACUAGUAACAUGAAAAAACUGAACACAUUAAUCAAAAAAAACUUUUAA